AUGGUAAAACGCACGCUCGACGCAUUCUUCAAACCAUCAACCACAACUCCCAAACGUCCCAAAGCCGAACCCAUCAAAUCAACCACCGCAAUCACAACACCAGAGCUAAAUAAAAACCCAGUCGAAGACACAAGUCCCCCAAGCCAACACCCAAGCUAUCCAUUCCCAAUCGCCCAACUCUCUUCCCACAUCGAAGUAGGUCUAAAACACGCAACACCAGCAACUGAACCGCGCGAAAUAAACAACCAACCACACCUCGACCUCCUCCACUUCCAACCAUAUAUCCCCCGCCCAACAGCAAACGAGCUAUUUAAAUUCCUCCGGUGCGAACUCCCCUUCUACCGCGUCCAGUACACAGCACGACGGGGCGACAUCGAAACCCAAAUUAACACACCACGAUGGACGACCGUCUUCGGAGUCGAUGAGACCUCGACAUUCAUCCGAGAGCAAGACGACAACCCCAACACCCUCAUUCUCCUAGAGACAAAGACCAAAACCGUAGUCCCGAAAACAAAAUACCAGUGCACGCCGCGCCCGAUACCAGCGUGUCUCGAUCUCCUACGGAGACAGGUCGAAGCGGUAAACGCCAAUGCAAACCCAAAUGCAGACAUCAAAGACCCCGGCUACAACUUCUGCCUGGUAAAUUACUACGCCAGCGGCGACGACAGUAUCGCAUUCCAUUCCGACGACGAGCGCUUCCUCGGUCCCGAUCCGAACAUCGCAUCGCUGUCGCUGGGCGGCGAGCGAGAUUUUUUAAUGAAGCAUAAGCCUGCCGUGCCGGGGAGAGUUGUAAAUCAGACGGCGGGUGGAUGCGUGCCUGAUACUGCACUUGCAAUCUCGGGGGUGGGUGGUACUAGUGCGACGCGGGCGAGUUGUACGGUUUCUGGUGGGACAUCGAAUUCGAAUACAGGGUCUUCUCUUGGAUCUAGGACUCCUGCUACGGUGCCACUGCAGCAAAUCAAAAUGAGUCUUGGGUCAGGCGAUUUGGUUGUUAUGCGUGGGGCGACGCAGUCGAAUUGGUUGCAUAGUAUUCCCAAACGGAAAGGGAGGGCGGGUGAGGCGACGAGAGGGCGGAUUAACAUUACAUUCCGGCGAGCUGUUGUUCCUGGUGGGACUAACAAUUAUUACCACUAUAAUGUUGGUAGGGGGGGGAUGUAUCGGUGGGAUGAGGUAUCGAGGCAGAUGGUUCUGCAGGAUAAGAAGGUAUAG